GUAUCGGUGAAAAGAGCUCUGUAAUCGGAGAGCGUAUGACUCCAGGAAUCCAAGCGUCGGUACGUGUUUCGAGAACGCUGCUAUGGAUUUUUGAUCAUUUUGUAUUGCCAUUUUUACGAUUAAUUUGGAUAUUUCAAACAAGAUCUUAACGGUAUAUGGGAGACUGGAAAUGGGUACUGGAAACAUUGACAAAAUACGUCUCCUGGGACUCCAAGGAGCGAGACCCUGCCAGAGUAUCUCCUACGGGAGAGUUCGUAGAAUUGAAGUGAAGUGAAGCAGAAACAAGCCAUAGAUUGCUGGCCAACGUUGAAUUAGAACGCCCCAAGAACGAACGAAAACGUGCAGAGUACAGUUGCGUAAGCCGAGAAACUCAUCAAGGAACUCAAAGCCUGGGUAACCGACAGCUUUUAAAGAUACUUUAACUGCAAAGUAAAGAUGAAAAUCAACAAACCCUAAUCAGGACCAAAUCAAUUCAAAGACAAUUCGGGUUAAAGAAAAACCCCAAAACAUUCUAAAAUAUGGCGACUUCUGGGAACGGUGCUAUAAAAACAGGACAGACAGAUGCAGGCGAAGAAACUGUAUAUGUUAACGUCAACAACAGAAAAAGAGCGGCCGUACGGGCGCUUGAUAAUAAGCAGAAUCGAAUGGUUAUUCCUGCGAUGCCCAUGCCAAUGGCCAUCGCUUGCUGCGUCUGUAACUUUAUUAUUCCUGGGCUAGGUACUUGGAUAUCAGCAUUUGCGCUCUUCUGUCAUUGUUCAGACACAACCGGAAUGGACGAGUUUGAGAAAGCGGUUGCAUGUUUGACAGGAGUUGGAGUUGCUUGUGCCCAGUUGGUUCUCACACCUUUGGCCCUAUUUGGAUAUAUAUGGAGCUGUGCAUGGGGCGUGCUCUUCAUCACGACAUCACGAAAUGAACAAACCAACUUAGCAGCGCUGAGAAAACCGAGAAACAAGAACGCGCCAUGUCAACAAUAUCAAGGAGCUUUAUUGGAAUCCUCUCUUUCUGGUACUUGGCCUACUGGUACAUUCCGGACGGAACUAGCCAAAUUCAAUGAAGAAUCAAACAAAAAUAAAACAGAAGCUGAGAUUGAAAGCGACGAUGACGCGGAACAUGGCCCUAUACCAGCUGAUAUUGACUCUGAAAAUGAAAUGAAAGAUAUGAGUGGGAAAAAUCCUGACUUGAAAGUUUCAUUCAAUCCAUCUCCAGAGAAAGUCAUUAUACAAGACGAAGCUAUCGUUCAUGAAAAUGAUGCAGAGAAAACUCUGGAAAAACAAAACAACGAUGGACAAUCGGCAGAUAUCAAGGCGACAGAGAUCCCAAAUUUGUUACUUAAGUUUAAGGAUACUCCCGAAAAAGACACUGCGGGGCUUGUGGAUAACGAGCAACAGAGCCCAACGGAGGAGCUCCAAUUCCAUAGCUAAUGCCAAAUGUAUGUUUUCUAGCAAAAUAGUGUUUUGUACAGUCAGCUUAUUUAGGACAAUCUUCAUUGUGUCCCAGUCCAUAACUUUAGCAAACCCUAAAUCCUUUAUGCUGGUCUAUUUGUUCAAAGCUUUAUCCAAAUCCAAGUUAAUUAAAUCCACGUUCAUUCAAAACUUGAAUGGAACCUGAUUAUUUGGGAUCUACAUUUGCUAUGUGUGUGAUAUGAAGCCACAUUUUCGACGUAAGUGCCUUGAAAACACUACAACUUUAUACUAUGACAAUGAUGCAAUGUAGUGAAGUGAUGAAUCAAAAUGGAAUUCUAAAAACUAAUUCAAGAUGUCUUGUCGAUAGAAUUUACGAGAAAAAAAUAAAUUCAUAGGGAUACUACACUCGUGUUUAUUUGUACAUUUGACUUUGAUCAAAAUGGAAUUCUUUGUAUUGGAGGCAAUGUUUGUCUUCCUGUCUGGUCGAAUUCCAUCAAUAUUAAACUUACAUCAAAUCCUAUGCUUUUUGGUUUCAGGUACCCCGAGCAUUUUGGCGAAUUGUGAAUUUGUGAUGCGCUCAAAAUAUCUGUAUUCCGGU